AUGUCUGAAAUCCCUCAAACCGAUGUGUCUCGGCCUUCAGCACUACCUACUGCGACUUUAACACAACGUGGAAUUGCCCCAGCUCAGGUAGACCAAAAUUCCUCAGAUUACCUGGAUGCCAUAGAGGAGGAAUGGAACAAGAGGGUAGACGCGGAAGUUGAGACUCUAGUAGAUGGGAUGGUCGAUUUAGUUGGAUUAGCGUCUAUCGAGGACAAAGACAAGUUCCAAAUCGCCCAGGAAUCCUUCCAGGCUCAGCUGCGCGCUGAUUCAAUGGUUCGAGCCGCAAAUUCUUUGUUAUCAAUCACGCAUUCUAUGAAACUUUUACUGCUUCUUUCAGACGAGGCACAAAUAGCGCAUCGAAGAGAUGCCGAACUCAAAGUCCUUCAGCGAGAAAGGGACGAAGCUAAAGGAAAAGUCGCUGCGCUUUUGGAUGAACUCCUGCGCCGCCCUCAAUCCAAAAAGGCUCCGCAAAGCGAAAAGCAGUAA